AUGUGGUAUGGUACAAAUUUGCAGAGAUCUUAUAAGUAUAUGAUGUUUUCAAAGAUGCCUUCCUUGAGGAUUGAUCAGAGUGACCUGAAAUGUAAAAAUGGCUGUGAUUAUUUUGGGAAUCCACAAUGGCAAGGAUACUGCUCCAAAUGUCACCGAGAACAACUACAACGGCAAAGAUGGGCAGAAAAGGGAUCAUCAACACUUCCAAAGCCAGAACAAAAGAAAGAAUCUGGCUUCAAGCUUACAUCACAUUCAUCUUUCUCCAAAUUUGAAGAGAAGAGGCUACGCCAAAGUGAAACCUUAAAAAAGGCGAAUCUUCUGAAGUUUAGUGUUUUCAAGAAGAGUAGUACAGAUGACCAUGACCAUGCGAUGGAGCGAAAGCCUCCCGAAUUCAAAAUUCCACCAAUGGUCAACGAGGGGAUGAAGCGCGAUUUCCGGCUUCGGUUUCCAAACUUAACACCACAAAUGGACCGAGAUGCCAGGCUGUUCGCUCACUCAUUUAUCAUGGAUGUCAUUAAGUGCUCCAAUGUUAUGACUGUUGAUGAACUGUCUGAAAGAGUGCAGAGGCAAUAUCAGAGAUUCAUGAAGCACAUGGACAGCUCUUCACAUUUCGCGAACGUGGAGCCUGACACGAAGGAACUGCUUAUGGACUUCGUAGAGAAACACGCCAUGACAUAUCUUCACGAGCUACCAUCUGUAGUAUUUUCACCCGCUGGCACUGAAGAUGAACGCCUCGAUAGGGCGAUGUCGGAACGCAUUCAGCAGUUAAGCUGGGUUGGGGAGACACAUCUGGAAUGUAAGCUGGACCGUACUAACGCAGCUUGUAGGCAGCUUCUCUACAAGGCUAUUAGUGAGCUCCUGGGUAUGGACGCUGCAUUGUCUCCUGGGGGAAAAGUGGCUCGCGUACGACGAGCCUGCAGACACGUCCUUGCUCUUUGUGGAGCACCGGCCUCAGCUGAUGAUCUUCUACCUGCCUUAAUAUUCACUGUAUUGAAGGCGAAUCCACCUCGACUCGUCAGCAACAUCAACUUUGUUACGCGCUUCUGCAACGCCCAGCGACUUAUGACUGGCGAGGGAGGAUAUUAUUUCACUAAUUUGUGCUGUGCGGUGUCGUUCAUAGAAAACCUAACACCCGAAUCCCUCAAUAUGGAUAGAAAGGAGUUUGACUGCUACAUGGCGAUGCCAGCAUCUAUUGGCGGGAGUGCUUGGGCGGCGGCUUUAUCUUUAUGUGGGGCUUCUCGUGAGGCAGAAGAACAGCGGCUUCAAGUUGAAAAUUUGAUGGCGGAGACCAGGGCUUUGAAGGAAAAAGGCGAUCAGCUGGCAGUAAAUGCGGAGUCUUUUGAGAAAGAAAUUGCCAAAAAAGUUCAGGAUGUUCUCGCGAAAACUCCUUUGGAAAUAAAGCCGCGUCGGGAAUUGCCUCGUCUCGGCAGUUUGACGGCCGCCACUGCUGCUCUAAUAGACUUGGAGGUCGACAAACUUAAUCCAUCUCAAAUAAACAACGUGCCUAAAAUCGAACAACAUGAGAGUAUACCUCCACUAGUGGAACAAGAGCCUUUGAACACGAAUAAACCAAAAUUAUGCCCGGACUUGCACAAUGCGUGUGGCUCUACAGAAGCUCAACCCAAAAAUCUACCAGCUACUUCAACUAACCUUCAAGAAAAUGUCACCCAAAUUAUCCCACAAAACCAAAACUAUCUUGAGUCCGAAUUGAUUGUUACGAAUAUUCAAUACCAAGAUGAACCAAUCAUAACAUUUUCACAAACACCAGAGGAUAAGUCACCGUCCAGAUCCCCUUUAAAUCCGUGGGAAGUAAAACAAACCAGCUCUUUAGAACUCUUAACACCCUCUCCGCUUGGCUUUACCCCAUUUGAUUCUAGAUCCAUAGAUGAAUUGAUGACGCCAGAUGACUUUGGCUCUGAACAGGUCCCAGGCUUAAGUAAUGUCAACUAUGAUAUAGAUCUAUCGGAUUUCAGUGGUGAUAAUAGCUUAGCAGAAGAUGUGCCCAGAGAACCAAAAGACCCCUUUAGUCCAGACCCAAAGAAAUAUUAUCCAUUUGAAGCGAGAGAUCCAUUUAGUCCGAUUCUAGAUAAAUUCGACGAAUUUACACUAGUGGAUACAAAGACAAACGAAACAUCUGGUGCAUUUGAAGUUAUACAUAGGGCUUCGUCUAGUAGAGAUCCAUUUAGUCCAGUUUUACAAGAAUCUUUUUCUUUGGAGAGAGAUGCUUCUCUCUUAGACGAUAGUCAUUCGCCUACUUCUACAAGUCUACUUCCAUCACCAUUAUUACCACAGACAAGUAAAACUAAUGAUCAUUAA